AUGUACGAUAGGGAGAGGACCGGUGUUCGAACACCGGUGGGGAGCACAGAGCUUUUCUCGGUAGAAAUGGGCCUUCACCAGGGCUCAGCGCUUAGUCCUUACCUUUUUACCUUGAUCUUAGACGAGUUGUCUAGUGGCCUACAGGAGGAACUACCGUGGUGCAUGAUUUUUACAGAUGACAUUGCACUGAUUGCAAGAUCGACGGAGGAGCUAAACUGUAGGCUCGAGAAAUGGAGAGAAGUCCUUGAAGACAAUGGUUUGUGUGUGAGCCGAGAGAAGACUGAAUACCUACGAUGUGACUUCGAUAAACAGGAAAUAAGACAAAAUGGGGAUGAGGAUAUUCGCAUCGGGGAGCGGAUAUUGGGUCCGAAGGUGUCUUUUAGAAACCUGGGAUCGGUGAUACACAAAUCGGGGGGAUAG